CAAUUCAGUCACACCACACCUUUUAUAUUAGCUUUUAUUGUUUACUGUGAGGUUUUUGAUACUGUAGAGGAGAACCAUGGAAGACGAUGAGGAGGAGGGAUUCGGAGCGGCGAUCACCGUGGCCUCGGAAUGUACGGAGGCGGAGAAGGAGUUCGAGAAAGUUUUGGAGGAAAUGCGGGAAGCCGAAGGCCUCAAGAUGUACUCGGACGUGUACACGAAGCUUUACGACUCCUACUACCAGCUGAAAGACGAUAAAAACAAGAACAUGGCUGAAAUCGAAGCCUACAAGACGAAAAUGGGCCGCUUCGACGACACAAUCGCAGACUACAUGGCAGAGAUCAGUGAGGCCAACCAGACCAUUGAGAAACUGCGUCAGGAUAUCGAGGAGGCCCGAGCGUUGGCGGACGCAAUGCAUGUCCGUGAGCUCGCCAGCGUCGAAUCUCUGGAGACUAUAAAGAAGACCGUCGCCAGGCUAGACAAGGAGCUAACCGCGCUCAAGCGACAAGGCGACGAUGAUCCUGGCGCAACAUCAGCCGCUAAAGAAAAAGAGAAGUUCGAGAAAGAAAAGCAGCGGCUACUGGGUGAACUAGACGGAGUCAGACACCGGCUGAGCGGAGCCACCAGCUACAUCGAGGAGUUGGAGCACAAGCUCAACAAGGCUGAUGAUACCAUUGCCGGGUUGGAAGAACAGCUUGAGGAUGCCGGCAACAACGCAGUGCGCCAGAACCGCCUCGUGGAUCACAUGAAGGGCGAGGUGGAGGGCCUCAAGAACGUCGUCGAGGAGCGCAGGGUCAUGAUAAAAAAUCUCAAUGACACGUUGUCCAAAGCGGAGCACACGAUAGAGCGCCGCGACCGUCAGCUAAAGGACAUGCAACAUAAGCUUCAAGCGGCUCAGACUGAGGAGGAGGCGGCUUUAGCCAAGGCCACCCACUUCAGGGAGGUCCUCGAAAACACCAAUGUAGAGUUCGCGAAGGCGAAGGAAAAUCUCAACAAUACUUCCAGAGAUCUGAAGAACAUGACGAGCGAUAACAACAAGAUGCGGAACGAGGUCUCGAAGCUGAUGAAGCAGGCCGUGCAGCACACGAAGAAGUACCAGCGGCUCGAGCAAAUGAAAGCUGACACGGAGAGUGAACGAAACGGACUGCGGCAGCAAGUGGCCGUGAUGGAACGAGAAAUCAUGUUGGGUAACAAGAAAGCUGAGGCUGACAGGCGAGACAUCGAGAACCUCAACCGAGAGAAGGAGAUACUCAACCAGAGCAUGCAGAAGAUUCAGAACGAAGCCCUCGAGAACCUGCACGCCCUAAAUCUGAUGGAUAACCGCCGCAAGCAGCUGGAGACCGAGCUGGAUCAGAGCAACGCACAGGUGAACCGGCAGCGACUUGUCAUCCGACAGCUGGAGAAGGACAAGGAUAGAAUGCUGGAGGAGGCAAUUGCAUUGAACGAAAAAAUUGAUGAGAUAUCAGAGGAAGUUCGCCUCCGUACGGCCGAUAUUAUGGAUCUACAGAAGGCAUUACGCGAGGAACAGAUCAACACGCAUAAACUGAGCGUCGCGCUAGACACCACACGGGCCGAGAGGAACGUGCUGCAUAAAAACUACACCGACGCGCUAGAUGAGGUUCAAGAUCUCAAGCAGAAACUGCGAAUGCUAGCGUACCAAAUCGAGCAGCUAAAAGAAGACAUCAGCGGCAAGGAGACCGGUCUGAAAUCAUGCGAAGCUGCGCUUGGCAAAUGCAACAAGAAGGUGGAGUCACUCAGGAUGGAGAUACAGGCGGGCGUGACGAAGCUCGCGGACGCCAGGGCGGAUAUUGCGGCGUUGCGGCAGGAGGAAGCACGGCUGAAUAGGAUUAUUCAGGAAGGCGACACUGCCCGCGCCAAACUGACCAAGGAGCUGGAGGGCCUGAUGAACGAGCGAGACGUGGUCGGCGCCCAACUGGUCCGCCGAAACGACGAGAUCGCCCUGCUGUAUGAGAAGAUACGCAUCCUUGAGGUCACGCUGCACCGAGGAGAACGGCAAUACGAGGCGCGAGUCGAGGACAUAAGAAUGCUGCGGCUGGAGAUCAUCAGGCUCAGGAAAGAGAAGAACCUGCUGUCGAAGGGGAUAGAAAAUAUGACCGACCUACGACUCGAGGUAUUCAACCUGGAGCGCGAGCUAGGCCGCGAACGUCUACGGGUACGCGCGUUAGAAGAGGCUCUAGAAACGCCUCAAAACGUCCACCGGUGGAGAAAACUCCAGGGCACUGAUCCUGAGAGCGUCCGCCUUACGCAGAAGCUACGCGUCACACAGAAGAAAGUCCUGGCGCAGAGCGAGAUGCUAGUACUGAAGGACAGGGAGUUGAAAGAGACGAAGAAUCUAUACACGGCGGUAAAAGACAUGCUUGCGCUGCAGCCCAGCCCUGAGAUACAGCAAACCCUGAACGCGACGCAACGCGCCCUGGCGCAGCGGACUUCGAAAAUGAAGUGUUUGAUAGCGGAGCUAAACAUGCGCGAGCAGCAAGUGUCAGACCAACGCCUGGAGAUCCAGCGCAUCACAGACGAACUGUCAUCCUUCAAACAGAAAUACUACGAGAUGAAGCGAGCGCUCGACGCAGAUGAAGCCAGGCGGUUGCGGGUCCCCACCCCGCCUACCCGCGACUCUGCUGUGCUUAGCUAACUGAUUGGGGAAGUUUAACCUUUAUUUAGAU